UCCGUUCCUUUGUACUGCAUAAGCACAAGGAUUCAGCUAUAGAUAAAUUAUAGCCACAGGAUCUUCCUUGUCAAUCCCCUCAAUCCUCUUCUGCAACAAUCAGCAAUUUGGGCUUCCACGAGCGCUUGUUUCGCCGAUCUGGUGUAGCAAGAAAUGAGUGAUCAAACAAGUGAUGUUGAAGACCUGGAGCGCAUAUUUGUUGAUGCAACUGCAGAGCCAAUCAAGAUAUCAUAUGCAGCUAUAAAACAGAUUACAAAAAACUUUGCCCAAGUGAUUGGUGAUGGUGGGUUUGGAGUGGUUUACCUGGGAGGUCUUCAAAAUGGGAUGGUUGCUGUGAAGAAGCUUGACAUAUUGAAGGAUUUUUCUGAUAAGCUAUUUUUGGACGAAGUCUCCUGUCUAAAGAGGGUAAAUCACAAAAACAUUGCAAGAUUUCUAGGCUAUUGUGCAGAUGCACAAGGUGAAGUGAUGGAGGUAGAAGGAAAGCUUAGGAUUGUUGAGGUACAUCAAAGGUUACUCUGCUUUGAGUAUGUACCUAAUGGAAGCCUCCACCAUUAUCUUAAAGAAAAAACUCAUGGAUAUGAAUGGAAUGUGCGUUAUCAAAUUAUUAAUGGAAUUUGUCAAGGUUUGCAUUAUCUUCAUAAAAAAUGCAUUUAUCAUUUGGAUCUCAAACCUGCAAAUGUGCUGCUGGGUGCUCACAUGGAGCCAAAAAUAACGGAUUUUGGCGUGUCACGGUGCAUUGAUGAAGAACAGUCCAUGAUGGUCACUGAAAACUUUUUUGGAACACGGGGCUAUGUUGCACCAGAAUUCAUAGAGAAGAAACAAAUAUCUUUCAAGUCAGAUAUAUUCAGUUUGGGCGUUACAAUGAUAAAUAUAUUAACGGGGCGUAACGGGGGUAUUAUUGAAAAUUGGCAGGAAACCAUAGAUGUAGACUGCCCACAAAUGAAGAGAUGCAUUGAAUUAGCACAAAUUUGUGUUGACAGUGAUCCACAUAACAGGCCUACUAUGACUGAGAUAAUUCAUAAGCAGAAUGAGACAGAAACAAUGUUUCAAAAGGAUCCUCCAAUUAUUAGAGAGCCGAGAAAUGACCCUGAGUCUUCACUAUACCAGGAUGUGCAACGAUUUCAGGCAUUGUCCAUACAAACUCUUCGCGAAAAUUCCAGACUUGAUGAUAUAUUUGUGGAACUUAAUGUCCUGGAGUGUAUACUUGAGGGAAGCAAGAAGCCGAGUAAUCUGUCAUAUCGACUUUUACAGUUCAUCACUGAAAAUUUUUCUGAUGAGCGAAAGAUUGGUACUAAUCGAUACCCAGAAAUAUACAAGGGCAUCCUGCGGAGUGUUACUGUACAGAGACUAAUUUCCAGGGACCACCAUGUCGAUGAUCACGUGUUUCAUCAGGACGUUAAAGGCAAGACUAUGGCUCAGCACCAAAAUAUCGUACGGUUUUUAGGCUACUGUUCUUAUAAUGAGGAAAGGCCAUCUGAAAAAGAUGGAAUAUCUGUCAUGGCUGGCAAAUGCGAAAGACUGCUCUGUUUCGAAUAUUUAAGCCACGGAAGCCUUGACGACUAUCUUUCUGAUGCAUCUUGUGGACUUGAAUGGAGAGUGCGGUAUGAAUUAAUCAUGGGAAUUUGUGAGGGCUUACGUUAUCUUCAUGGAAAGCAUUUCUUACACUUAGAUCUCAAACCUUCCAAUAUACUGCUGGAUGAUAACAUGGUACCAAAAAUUUCUCCACCAUUUGAAGUAUUAUUGGAUAUGCAAAAGCAUUUGGUUGGAUCGAUGGAAUAUUUGGCACCGGAAUCCCGUUGUGGAAUUAUCUCAGUCAAGUCAGACAUAUAUAGUUUUGGGGUUAUAAUCAGAGAGAUACUAACAGGACAAAAAGGAUGUUCUCCAAUUGAUAAUGUACUUGAAAGCUGGAGGAACAGACUGCCAACAUCUUCGGCAGACACACUCUUGGAACAAGUAAGAGUAUGCGCUGAGAUAAGCAUAGCUUGCAUGGUUGAGGACCCAGCAAAGAGGCCAGAUACACAGCGCAUAAUCGAGAUGCUUGUUGAAACUGGACGUAGGGACGAGCUUAUCAAGAAGGGUAUGAGUGUCUUUACAGUAGCAGAGCAGGCAGAAAAGGCUGGCAAUGUACCAGGAGACGCAGGCUUUAUGCAAAAGAUCGUGAUCAAGGUGAGCAUGCCGUACGAAAAGAGCCGGUCACAGGCCAUGAGGCUGGCCGCCAGAGCAGAAGGGGUGAUCUCCGUGACGAUCACUGGUGACGGCCGGGACCGGCUGGAGGUGGCCGGCGACUGCGUUGAUGUGGUCGGCCUGGUCAGCAGCCUCCGCAGGAAGAUUGGGCACGCCGAGAUAUUGCAGGUGCAGCAAGCCGGAGAAGCCCGUGCCCGUGGUAAUGCUGCCGUAUCACCAGCCCGUGCACGUGCUGGCGGCGCAUGAAUACGACCCCAACAAUUGCCUCAUCAUGUAAACUAGUAAGGUGGCCCACGCGGCUAGCAGCACAUUAUAACUGCCACAGUAGUACUUUUUAAGAUUAUUAAGUCUUCUUACGUCUCAUAGUUGAAGAAGCCACUAAGCAUAUGAACCAAAAAAAAAAGCGACAUCUUUUACUUGGGAUCCGUGGUUAAAGACUCACUUGAGCUAUCUAAUAUAGUUACAUGCUGAAGGCUACAUAAGGGAUGAUCAUUUUUUAGGAUUCAUCUAGAGCAACUACUUUUGUUUCAAGUUAUGUAACAAUUUUUUGCUCAUGUGAAUCCUGUAUACUUGAAGCCUACUAGUAUCAAAUAAAUAGACAUUCAUAUGUUGCACAACUAAUUAA